AUGAGUGACUCCAAAAUUAAUCAUGUCGAUCAGGAAGGCUCCUAACUUAUAGAGGAAAGUGACGACUCCCCAGAUGGUUCUCCAAAUAAAAAACCAUAUGAAUCUUAAAAUUAAUCUAGGCAAACUCCCUCUAAUUAGGAAAUUUUCGGGGACAACUAUAAUACUGACGAUUAGCAAAGCCAACAUACUAGUCCUUAGUUUAAUAACAGCCAAAGUAAAUCCUAUCGUAUAAUUGAGCCAGAAUAGACAUAAAACUCUAACAAUAAGAGCAGAUCCAAUAUCACUGAUUCACAGUCGAAACAAUAGAAUGCCAAUAAUACAUUUGAAAUUAGGGAAGUUCCAAGAACCCCUCUGCCAAAAUAAGACAAUUCAGAUGACUAAUCCUAUGAGGAAGAUCAUGAGGAUGUUGAACAAGAUAAUUCAAAGUCAAGUGUGGAGAGAUAACUUUAAAAUGAUGAUGAUACAAUAACAAUAUUUGAUCCUCAUCCUGAACUCUGGAUAUAUUAUGAGUUAGUUAAAGAAGUAUUUGGUCUUAAUGAAAGGAAACGAAGAAGAUUGAGAAAGUUAGGAUUAGACGAGGAAAAUAAUACCUAGCCAAUCUAAGAUGAAGAUCUAAUGAUGGAAGAUAAUCUAUAGGAUUAGUUAGAGAUUGAUGGAAGGGCUGCUUCACCUAGGUAUGAUCAAAAUGGCAGUUAUUCAUAGGACUAAGAAGAGUAAAUUAAAACAGAGAGAGAAGAUAUCUCAGGUACGAACUAGCUUAUAAAUAGCCAUCCGAAUAGCGAAAGUCUAGUAAACUACUAAAAUAACUCGAAAGAAUACCAAAGAAUAGACUCUUAAAAGCAGAAGUCAGUAUAAAUAUAAGAAAUUGAUUCUAACAAUUCAAGCAAAAAACCAAAUAUGAAAGUCUAAAACUAAUUAAAAUAGUUUGACUCUUUAAGGCAAAGUCUUUAAUCUAGAGAUGGCAAUUCUAAUACUAAGCCAGCGAGAUAAAAUUCUACCUCUUCACCACCAAUCAGCUCUAGUAGAAAGGACAGGUCUAAAAAGCUUAUGCUUAAUUCAAAGGAGUUUGAUAAUGAGGUAAGCUAGUAUUCUCCUGACAAGCAUCAGUACUCUAAUAGCAGUCCAUAAACGUCAUCCUUCGUUAAACAAUCAUCAUUGAAGCAGAGCUCAAUAGGCUCAUUGCCAAAUACAAUGCAAUGGUCUAAUUAAAUGGAGAAGACUAAAUAGAGAGCUGAAAAUAGGUUGAAAGCAGCUGAUAAGACAAAUGCUCAAAGAUCUUAGACCUAUAGAAAUUCGUUGAAUCAGUAGAUAAAACCCUAAAUGACUUGCUAAUCAAGAUUGAGCUAAUAGAGUUCUAGAAUUAGAAUAGGAGGAGGAAUUCAGUAAAGAAAGUAAGCAUAAUCUGCCUAGAUUUAACCAUCUCCAUAAGUCUAAUUAGCUAAUAAUCAAACUCCUCAUUAAAUUCCACAGAUGAAUGCAACUCAUGAAAUCUCUCAGUUGAGGUCUAGUGUUGAAGAUGUAUCCUAAUUACAAGGAAACACGUAAUCAUAGCAAAUGACUGAGGAAUAGUUCCAGUAACACCAAAAUAUGAUUAGAAGAGAAAAGUUGAAGAACUAUAUGAUCCAAUAAAGAUUCAUUUAAUCCCCAUAUGCUGCUCAUCUGAAUUUUAAGACAUUUGAGAACUUUUUCGAUGUAGAAAUAUGUGGUGGAGAGGAAAAAGGCGGCAAAACUACCUAUAAGCUUAAAAAGAUCAACCCAUAAAAGAAGAACUACUAGCAAUAGAUGCUAAUGUGGAUGCUUUAAAACCAGCAUAUUAAUCCUUAGAUGGUCAUGAAUGCGGAAAUGCUAUUAAAUUAAGAUCCUUAGAUGCUCAAGAUUGGCGAAGAAAAUACCAACUUAGAUGGAGUGCAAGAUAAAGAUAAUCCAGUUGGAGAAGAUAUGAUAUUAGCGGAGGGAUUCUUAUAGAGGUCUAACAAUUAGUAAGACAGAUAAUUCUUUAGAGGAUCGGGAUUUCCAGGAAUGAUGAGAAAUUACAGUCAACCCACGUUGUCAGGUUAGGGAACUCUGCAAAGAGCAAGCAAAACUGCUGAGAACAACGGCAAAUGUAAUAACUAUUAGUUUUUAAAUAGUUUAGUUAGAAGAAAUAUAAAUGGGAUGAGUACUGAUAUUCAACAUCUGGGUAUGUCUUCUUCUUAAGGAUUUUUACCUCCAAGUUUCUAAAACUCAAGGUAAAUCACAAGUGGGAGUUCAGAGAGAAUUUUGAGAUAAAAGUAAGACUAAUAUAUGAAAAUGGGUAAGCAGUAUUUCUCAAAUAAUGUACAAUCCACUGGAUCAAUCCCAAGUUAAAUGACUUCUUAUCAAAGCACUGGAAAUCUUCACAGAAACUUUAGAAUUCAUUAAUAAUAAAGCCAAUUGAGUAACAAAGGAGGGUCAAACAUGCUUUACAAUGAAUAAAAUAAGCUUGAUAAUGAAAACCAGCAAUAUAACUAUACAAUCGAUUUAGCUUCUCUAAACUAGCAAUAAAUCAGGCAGACUAAAACCAGGAGUGCAAGCUAAGGAGUAUCCAAGGACGGUGUAAAUCAUAACUUUAUAAAUAACAAUAUAAACAUCAACAUCAAUCACAACUUUACACCUUCUUCAAACUAAGAAAGUGGGGCAAGGCCAAUCACUCAGUAAGCUUCUCACUAAGGAGAUCCAAACAAAAUUAUUAUAAAUACUGGUGGAGCAUCUUCAAUGAACCCUAUAAAGUAAAGUUAAAUGAGAAAUGGAUUGCAAAGUACCAAAUCUUAGAACUUCAUCUAGACUUAGCAAAGAUUGAGGAUGUAAGGCAGUGCUUAGAAUCCUCCAGGCUUUAACUUUUAAGCACCUCCUCCUCUUUAUGCAAGUACAGUUUCAAGUGGGAACAACAGAAACAUGAUGAAUAACAACUUUAUGAAUGCUUAGCAAUCAUCAUAGCCACAGCUUAAUUACGGAUAUGCCUCAAAUAACACCCUUCAAACUCAGCCUUAGCCUUCCUAAAGUAAGAGACCUAUGACUCAGGGAGGAAUGCUUCACCAAAGGAGCGCUAAAUGA